AUGUCUUCGCUUUGCAACGAUCAAGUGAAAAUAGCCUUCUUCACAAAACACCCCGACGAUGCGGCCCCAGCCAAUGUAGAUACCAUCAGCAAGAUCGCCCGAGGAAUCAAGCACGGAAUCGAGCGAUGCCAUCAACGCCAAAGCGAUGUCGACAUGUUUGUUUGCCUUCAAGGCAACACAGUCAUCCCAAACAACCUGCCAAUUCGCCUGGAAGAAAUCGAUGCAACAAUGGAAUCUUCCUCAAAUGGGGACCUCAGGUUCAAAACUCUCCAUGGCAACCAUACUCUCCACGUCGUGUUUAGCGGUGGUGGCUCUCAGUUUCGUCUCCGUGCUGCCGAUCGCCCCCCAGCAGGUGCUGCCGUUCGCCCCCCAUCGCGGCAAAUUCCGCAACCAAACCAGAAUCAGCGGAGGCGUGCCCCGGUUCCCUCGGGUCAGCGGAAUGGCUGCGGAAUGGCCCAUAGCAGAUCUUCUGAUGAGUCAUCUGAAGAGGACAUUGCUCCUUUGGAGAGGCCACGCUGUCGUCACAAUCGUAAAAGCCAUCGGUUGCUGGAGGAUAGCUCGGACUCCUCGUCCUCCGCUGAAGAAUACCAGGGCUUUUCGCAGAUUACGGGGCGGCAGAAGCGUCCUUGA